AUGGUCAGAGAAGAAGCAAAGGAUACUUUAGGGGAAGCUGCAUUAUCUGCUAUUAAAAAACUACACAACCUAGACCCACAUUCAUAUGAGAAUGUGAUGCAUUAUGAAACGGUGCUUGACACCAUUUCCAGAAUUGUGUCCAAAGAAUUAAUGGAUCUUUUGGCAGAUAAAAGAUUCAUGGAUGGUGAAAUAUUUGAAUUCACUAAGUUUCCAUGUUUCUAUCAAAAACAAGAAGACCAACGGCUAUUUGCCAAAACUAUAGAAUCAAAAUUAAAUUUUGAAUUUCAUCAAAAGGUUAGACCUGAAGAUAUAAAUUGCGAUGAUGUUAAAGUUGGUCAUAUAAUUAAUUUCAUUAAAGAAUAUGAUAGUCCAGACAUUGUUAGUGUCCUUGACAGAAGAUUUAAAUUUGUGGCUGAAUGUUUGGUAAACGACGUACCUAAUGAUUCUUUCUUGGGUUACGCAAAUAGAUCAAGAGGAUUGAUGGAAUCAAGAAAAAACUCAAUACAGAAAUUUGUGACAGACUUGCCUGAUUCAGCAUUUCAUGUUUUAAAUUAUACAUAA